GUUGUGGCUAUGAACCUAAUGUUGAACCCUUUGUUGCAAUGAUGCUGCGAACUUUCAAGGAAGUACAGUUGAUGGAAUUGCGGACUAAAACAAGGAUUUUGAUACCAGAUGGAAGAUCACUAAUGGGAUGUCUAGAUGAAACUGGAACUUUAGAAUAUGGACAGGUGUUUUUGCAAUGCUUUGGCACUAGACAUAGCCAGUUUUUUUAUGACUCGGUCACGCUUAGUGGUAAGCGCUUCAUAGUUGAGGAACAAGUAGUGGUUGGAAAAAGCCCAUGUUUACACCCUGGCGAUGUCCGAGGUUUAAUGGCUGUAGAUGUACUAGCUCUGCAUCAUAUGGUGGACUGUGUUGUCUUCCCACAAAAAGAACCACGGCCUCAUCCGGAUGAAUGUUCAGGAAGUGAUCUUGAUGGAGAUAUCUACUUUGUGUCUUGGGAUCCAGAACUGAUUCGUCCCCGAAAAUUCCCACCUAUGGAUUAUAGCCCAAUGCAAACAAAAGAAUUGGAUCAUGAGUUCACAGUUGAGUGAUUCAAUACAUUCCACGUUCUUACAAUAGAGUGGCGAACUAGCUGGCCACCUUUGUGUCCCAGAAUAGAGGUCCAAACAAUUGGAUUUUGUUUGUAAACUUUGUGUCCUAGGGACUAUCCGGAUUUCAUGGAAAAGCCUAACAAAUACACCUAUGAAUCAUCCGGAGUGAUUGGAGUUCUCUAUCGUGAUUUGAAGGACAUUGCUCUACAUGACAGCUCUAUCACACCCUUCACUUUUGAAAUCUCGAAGAAGUCCUAUGACCCAGACAUGGAAGUGGAUGGCUUUGAGUAUUACCUUGAAGAUGCUCACCGUUACAAAAGCAUUUAUGAUGAUAAGUUGAGAAGUCUGAUGGAAUUUUAUGGGAUCAAGACAGAGGCUGAAUUACUUGGUACAAGUUUUAUGAGAAUGCCAAAAUAUCCCGAUAAGAGUUGGAAUAUAAAAUCUGUGGACGUGGCUGUGAGGCCUUUGUGGAAGGAAGUUAGAGGAUGGUUCGAUGAGAGGGGAACUAGUUUAGAUGCUGGAGCCGAUGAUAAUCUAUUUGCAAAAGCUUCAGCUUGGUACUGUGCAACAUAUCAUCCUACUUAUUUUGGCAAGUACAAUGCGGGUGAAGAUCAUAACCAUUUCAUCAGCUUUCCGUGGUGUGUUUAUGACAAGCUUAUCGAUAUAAAAAAAAGGUGCAGUACGCUUUGAAAGGGCUCUACAUGGGAACAUUAAUUCAGAUUAUUCAUUGAGCAAAGAACCUUCAGGAAGACCCAUUAUUUUCAUGUAGUCGUUUUUGCCAAUAAAAUCUCAAUGACACGGUUGAUCUUUAGCGCCUUCUUCCAACUCAUCAGGUGUAUGUUUCUGAUCACAAACUUGCUUGCUUUUAUUUCAUUAUGUUUAGGGAUUUUUUUUGUAAUCAGUUUUAGUGGUUUUAAUCCUCUUUUAUUUCACGUUCAUUCAUCUGUAGUCAAUAGGACUUUCAAGGUCCAUCCUGGUAAUUAUAUAGUCAUCAGGACUCUUAAACCCAGUACUGAAUUCUUCUCCAGCAACCUUCACUUUUGCAAAACCUGGUGCAAAUUCUAUAUAUGUAUAGUCACAGCAUACUAAACGCAGGAUACAGUACUGUGGAUUCUUUGUCGCAAAUCAUAUAGCAUAUGUCGGAGAAUAUAUUUUCUAGCAAGUUAUGUUCAGUUAUAUAUUUCCACAUUAAAUAGUCUGGGGCAAAAUUGCUAAGUACUUGAAAUAUAUAUGUACGUACAAUAUGUUUCUUAGAAGUUUCAUAUUUCAGAAAUUGAUACACUUUUGGAGGUUA